UAUAAAAUAUUUAUAAUAUACAUUCAUUUCAUCAAUACGUAACUAAAACUUUUAUUUUUCAUAUUAUUUGUUUGUUAAAAAAUGUUCACAAAAAUAUAUUAUUUUAUAUAUUUCCUAUUAUGGUCAAUUCAAUUUGAUAAAACUAACUGCGAACUAGCGAAUGUAGAAUAUACUGAAUACUUAUUUGAAAUAGUAGAUUAUGUUCGAGUCCAUAACGGAAAUAUUCCAAUGCAAAACUUAAAGAACGGUUUAAUGGAAAAUCCAGUUUUUAUUCGAAACUUAGGUCUAUACCUCAACAACGACAAUUUUACUAGUAUAUUUGAUGCGAUUAUUGAAUCACUUAACAAUAAGUAUACAAUGGUUUUAGGAAUUUUUCAUGAAAAUAUUGGUUUUAUACUACAACAAUGUGAUAACUAUCAUUCAACAAAACAAUUUAAAAAUUUUCUUGAUUGUUUUAUUAUACUUGAUGACGCAGUAGAAAGUUCAAGGAUCCUAUUUGAUAAACUUUACAAUGUCAUGAAAUUCUUUAGUAGUUUAAAUAUAAAAUUUGCUUUUAAAAUGUAUAAAGAAAAACAUAUAAUUAUUGAUGAACUUUCUUUUGUUAUUAAGUACUUAAAUUCAAAAAAACAAAUUGAUAUUCUCAACUAUACUGAUCAAAACGGUAGUAAUCCUCAAAUUGAAACAGCUUAUAAGAAUUUUGUAAAUAUUAAACGUUUUCAUCAAAUUAUAGCAUCAAAAAAUUUUUUUAUUUAUACAAUAUACUAUAAAAAUAUAUUGCAAGUUAAUAUAGAAGAGAAUGAUGAUGCUAUAGAGCACGACAAUUAUUCAAUUAAGCGUUUGCAAUAUGUCCAGAACGUGUGUAUUGUACUCAAAGAAUUUUAUGCUGAAGCUGUCAAAAUCGAAUACGUCAAUCUUGGUUUUCACAACUUACUACAUCCCACAACACCAGGACUCAUACCACCAACAUAUGACUCAUCUAAAGAUCUCGGAAUCUAUGUUAUAAAUACACUAUUUAAGGAGAUAUAUUGGCAAUCGUUAUAUCAUACGAAAAUUCGGUUGAACAGUCAAACUAAAGAUAUAAAUGAAAUACAACAUGAUGAAGUAAAUGAAAUCAAUUUUCACAGCAAAAAACAAGACGUUGCACAUAUGUUGAAGUGUAGAUUUAGUGCAGUAUUAAAUAACAUUACUGUUUCAUUAACUGCUAUGCAACAUUUAUGUAUGAUAGAAAAUGCAAAUAAAAGCUACGGAUCUUUAAUUUUUUGUACAAAUGCAUUGAAAAGUACAUUUCCAUCAGCUACAAUCAUGUUAAAUUCUUUACUCGCAAUUCUUGCAUUGUUGAAAAAAGCAUUCAUAUGGGAUUAUGAGGUAACAUCUCUAUCGUGUUUAAAACAAGUUUCAAAAAUUACAUCAGCAUAUGUGCAGGCAAUGAAAAACCAAUAUAAUUUUUCAUUCAAAAUGGAUCAUAUAUUAAAAGGAAUAAGAUAUUUUGAAAAAGUGUAUAAAACUCUAUCUAGUUUAUCUAGUACAUUUUCAAAUACUAAAAUCUAUCAAUUUCUUGUGAACAAUUGCGAUUUUGACAUACCAAUUUUAAAUGAUUUGGAAUUAAUAGAUUCAUUUAAAAUUAAACCAAAACAUCAUAUUGAUAAUCUAGGUUCUGAUACCCUAGAUCCUGAUACCCUAGAUCUUGAAACCUUAGAUCCUGAAACCUUAGAUUCUAAUAAAUUUGUAUUUCUUAAAAUAAGUUCACAUUUAAAACAAAUUUGUGAAGAUUUUGUUAAAACUGAUUACGAUUUAGGUUUUAGUAAAUUAGUAAACCAAUAUAUUAUACAAUAAAAUUUAAAUAAUUAUCACAUUUUUAAUUUCCCUAAUUUUACGUUUCUAUAGAACCCUCAUUAUUUUUUUAAUUAUAUUAAAAUCUUAUAGAUUGUUAAUUAUAAUUUUCAAUUUUUAUAAACGACUCACAUUUUUUUCACUCAUCAUUUAAAUAAAAAAAUUUUAAAUUAAGUUUUACACAAC